AUGGCGACGACGCCGUCGACGUGUUUUCUCGGCCGGGGAUUGUUCGACGGUGGCCUCAAAUGCGGCCUAUUUGUUGUACGAUUUUGCCCUACGCCGUCUCAGCGCUUGUUCCCUGCGUCUUGCAGAAUGCGACAUCGUAGCUUCAGUUUGCGAAAUAAGAGACAGCAAGCAAAGAAAACCAAUAUUGACCGUUCGACAAAUACAAAUUUGCCGCCGAAUGGCGAUAGAGACUCUGAUCAAAGCCACUUGUCUACUAGUAGAACCUUACAUUCAAAUCAAGAGAUGGCUUCUAACGACAGUGUUCCAGUCCUACGCGAAGAUGGAUUUUCAAACGAGAAGGAUUACAACAAUUCGUUUGCACUAGAGGAAGUUACAAAUGACACCGUUGGUUCUGCAGAGGAAAUAUCACAUUUAAUAGAUGAGAAGUCCACUGCUAUAAUUGGAGGAGAACAAGUAUCUGGCAUUCAUCUCGAAGAUCUGAUUUGGAUGAUAAGAAAUGCUGAGAAGAAUAUACACCUUCUCAAUCGAGCUCGUAUGCUUGCCCUUGAAGACCUUGAAAAGAUUCUGGGAGAGAAAGAGUCUUUGCAGGGAGAAAUCAACAUUUUGGAGAUGAAAUUGGCCGAAACAGAUGCGCGCCUCAAAAUGGCCACACAAGAGAAGAUACAUGUUGAGCUCCUGGAAAACCAAUUGGAAAACCUGCAAAAUGAACUAUCGAGUAGGGGUCGACAUAAAGAAAAUGUACAAGAUACCAUUAACUAUUAUGCUCCUCCAGAAAGUGAUCUUGUCAGCUCAUUUAGCCAAGAAUUGGAUUCGUUAAGGGCAGAGAACAUGUCCCUGAAGGACGAACUAUGGGUUUUGAAGGACAAGCUUAGUAGUUUCAGGGACACUGAUGAACGCAUUAAGACACUUGAAAAAGAACGUUCAUUUCUAGCAUCUUCUUUGAAAGAGUUAGAGUCUAAACUCGCUGUGUCUCGUGAGGAUAUAUCAAAUAUGUCUGGUUUGAAGUCCGAAUGCAAAAGUUUAUACGAGAAAGUGGAGGAUUUACAAGCGCUGCUGGAUAAGGCGACUAAACAGGCUGACCAAGCUAUUCUUGUGCUGCAGCAAAAUCAAGAACUACGCAAGAAGGUUGACCGGCUAGAACAAUCUCUAGACGAUGCAAAUGUAUAUAAACUGUCGUCCGAGAAAAUGCAAGAGUAUAAUGAACUAAUGCAGCAUAAGAUAAAACUACUGGACGACCGCCUUCAGAAAUCCGAUGAGGAAAUCAAUUCCUAUGUUCAGUUAUAUCAAGAUUCCAUGAAGGAGUUUCAGGAUACUUUAAAUAAACUGAAAGAAGAAAACAAGACAAGGGAAGAAGAUGAAUUUAAAAAUGAAAAGCCUCGUGAAUUUUGGAGUAACUUACUGCUUAUGGUGGAUGGGUGGUAUCUUGAGAGGAAGAUAACGGUGGAUCAAGCAAAGAUGUUGAGAGAAAUGAUAUGGAAUAAGGAGGAGAGCAUAUGUGAUGUGUAUUUGUCAUCUAAGGAAAAGAACGAGCGUGAAAUAAUUUCAGCAUUUUUACAAUUGACAUCGCCAACAACAGGUGUGAGAUUACAUGUGGUACACAUUGCUGCAGAGAUGGCGCCUGUGGCUAAGGUUGGGGGAUUGGGAGAUGUGGUGACUGGUCUCAGUAAAGCACUUCAGAAGAGAGGACACCUCGUGGAGAUUGUGUUGCCAAAAUAUGACUGCAUGCAUUAUGAUCUAAUUCGUGACUUAAAGGCUUUGGAUGUUCCUGUCGAGUCGUAUUUUGAUGGCAAGUUGUUUAAAAACAAAAUCUGGGUUGGUACUGUCCAAGGGCUUCCUGUUUACUUCAUUGAGCCUCAUCACCCUAGUAAGUUUUUCUGGAGGGGUCAAUAUUAUGGAGAGCAAGAUGAUUUUAAGCGGUUCUCAUACUUCAGUAGGGCAGCACUUGAGUUACUUCUCCAAGCUGGCAAGAAACCAGACAUAAUUCACUGUCAUGAUUGGCAGACAGCAUUUGUUGCACCUCUUUAUUGGGAUUUAUAUGUGCCAGAAGGAUUGAAUUCAGCGAGAAUAUGUUUUACAUGUCACAAUUUUGAGUAUCAAGGAGCUGCGCCAGCUUCGGAUCUAGCAUCAUGUGGUCUUGAUGUUUUCCGCCUGAAUAGACCUGAUAGGAUGCAGGACAAUUCAUCAAAUGACAGGGUCAAUCCUGUGAAGGGUGCAAUAGUGUUCUCAAAUAUUGUGACGACUGUUUCUCCAUCCUACGCUCAAGAGGUGCGGAGUUCGGAGGGAGGACGUGGGCUACACAAAACACUUGAUUCGCAUUCAAAGAAGUUCGUUGGAGUUUUAAAUGGAAUUGAUACUGAUGCGUGGAACCCAGCAACCGACCCAUUUUUAGAAGCUCAGUAUAGUGUCAAUGAUAUCGAAGGCAAGGCAGAAAACAAAGAAGCUUUGAGAAGAUAUCUUGGUUUGUCCUCGGCUAAUAUUCGGCAGCCAUUGGUUGCCUGCAUAACUCGAUUGGUGCCUCAAAAGGGUGUACAUCUUAUAAGGCAUGCAAUGUAUAGGACACUGGAAUUAGGUGGUCAGUUCGUGCUUCUGGGAUCUAGUCCAGUUUCACAAAUUCAGGAAAGCUGCAUUUUCUCAAUUAGAAGGGAGUUUGAAGAUAUUAGCAACAAAUUCAAGACUCAUGAUCAUGUCAGACUGAUACUGAAAUACGAUGAGGUUCUUUCCCACUUAAUCUAUGCGGCGUCUGACAUGUUUAUCAUCCCAUCCAUAUUUGAGCCUUGUGGGCUUACACAGAUGAUUGCUAUGAGAUAUGGUUCAGUUCCUAUAGCUAGAAAGACAGGCGGAUUAAAUGACAGUGUUUUUGACGUAGAUGAUGAUACAAUACCUGUCAAGUUCAGAAAUGGAUUUACGUUUUUGACAGCCGAUGAGCAGGGACUGAACAGUGCUUUAGAACGCGCAUUUAACCAUUACAGCAAUGGUGGUGAUGGUUGGGAACAGCUUGUCCGAAAGGACAUGAGCAUCGAUUUUAGUUGGGAAACUUCGGCAUCGGUCUACGAAGAACUUUAUCAGAAGUCUGUAGCCAGAGCAAGGGCUGCAAAUCAUACAUGA